CCUAUAAAAAUCUCAGGCUCUCAGCUCCAAUGCGAGCUACUGAGCUAGUUACCUUUUCCCGCCAACAAAACAAAGAGGAAGGAAAUGCUUCUUAACUCCCUCCACAUCCCAACGGUCUGCUCCAUCAUCUCACCCAACCACACAACCCCUAACCUCCGCCGUUUCUGCUCUUCUACUCAUCCACACCCUCCGCUCCUCCUUCGAUUCCGUACUUCUCACCGCGAGAAUAUCCGAUACCUCAAAACCCUAGGAAUCGUCUCAAACAACAACAGACCCCCUUCCCAAGAAUUCAUAGACCGAAUCCUGUCCCUCUUAAAUUUCCUCAAAUCCAAUGGAUUUUCGGAGGCGGAUUUCCGCCGACUGUCCUCCAUCUGCCCCAGACUCUUCUCCUCCGGCAUCGACCCCACUGACAUAGCACCCGUUUUCGACUUCUUGACUGACGAACUAACAGCGUCUCCCGACGAUUCUUGUGGUUUGAUUCUUCGGUGCCCCGGGAUUCUCUUUUCUGACGUCGAAUUUUGUCUGAGACCCACGCUUCUCUUUCUCAGGGGAUUGGGAUUGGAGAAUCUCAAUUUACCGACUACCCUCAAUGCUCAUCUGCUCAACACCCGCGUCGAGAGGCUCAUUCCAAAGCUCAGAUUUUUGAAGAGCUUAGGGUUUUCAGAUGAGGAAUCUGCUAAGGUUUGUGUCAGACUGCCUGCAAUCUUCGGUUACAGCAUUGAAAAUAAUCUGGGGCCGAAGGUUGAAUACUUGGUGAAGGAGAUGAAGAGAGACGUUGAAGAAUUGAAACUGUUUCCUCAAUAUUUCGCAUUCAGUCUGAAGAACCGAAUAGUUCCGAGGCAUUUGCAUUUGAAGGAGAGAAAUGUUCAAGUCCCAUUGAAAAGGAUGCUGUUGUGGAGUGACCAGAGAUUUUAUGCGAAGUGGAAGUGAAAUUCGGUAAAAACUGUCUACUGUUGCUGCAGGCUUCAGAGCAAGUAGCAAAGGCAUUUGCUGACAUAUGGAGGGCUGGCUUAAGAGGAGAUCCAGAUAAUUCAUUUCAAAAAGGACCUUCUGAAUUGUCAUGGACAUACUUACCCUAUUAAGAUCAACUUCAUACUCCCACUUGAAUAAUUUUCCCUUAGUUUUCUUAAUUUUCAUUUGUAAUAAGGGCCAGAAGUAUGAUCAUUUAUAUGACAUGAUAAAGAUUAUUUGCUUCAAGUUUACUACAUGGAAGGAGCAUA